CUUGAUUAUCCCGUCUCAGCGCAGUGGCCGUGAUGGUGAGAAGGCGCCAAGAAGUUGAAACGUUUUCGUGAUUUUCUCUCCGAUUUUGAAUGAAAAUUGCCAGUUUUAUGGAUGCAUUUUACCACAGCUUGUCCCAGAGGAAAGAUUGAGCGUUGUCUCAACUCACAUAUGCUGUGAUAAGAAUGCCUAGACCACGACGGAAAAGCUUCGGAGCUGCCUGCCAGGCCAUAUCUCAAGGUAUGGAGGAGGAACUAGACACCGAUCGCGAUGACGUCUCCGAUUCCGAAUCUUCACCUUCUGAGCCACCUGCGGAUGACCCUGAUGAGUCACCCACCAACUCAGACGUAGAAGAUGUCCUGACUUCGAACAUGUCCGUACACGUCACAGAUGACGCCAUCACGCCAGAAUGUAUGGCUAAGCUACAGCCGACAGUCGUUCUAGAGGAUUGCUUUUCCCCGAACGUUUCCCGCCAAAGUACAGCCUCUCCUGUUGCUUUGAACAACAGUUGGAAAGCGUCACCUGUAGUUGGCACACAAAAACAAUCGGGAAACAACAGCAUGCUACAGAGACAACAUAGUGGUGAACUCAGAUCAGUAAAAAGAGCCAGGGAUAGAAGCGGCUCACCGGUACAUAACCUCUUGUCAAGGAUUCUGACAAAAAAGACAGGAACUGAAACCGUCAUGUCACCUUUAAGUAAGCAUAAACUUUCUGGAGACAAGAGCCCUGAAGCCGCACCAUCCCCGGACGGUCUAAACCCUGACAGUCCAGGUGACAGCUCGGCAAAGGAAGGACUUGAGGAAACCAAGACAUCGACUUCUACUCCACAAAAGGACAGUUUAGCAUCAACAAGGAUCAGAUUGACGAGUUCGCCAGCUGUGUUUGAGUCGCCGUCAAAGUCGCAGUUUACGCGGGUGCACGGGAGCCCGUAUCCGCCGGGGUCGCCGCAGAUGAGUCCGGUUGUCGUACUGCACGAUUGUUGUACGCCUCCACGCGGUACAAGGCAAACCAGAGCCCAGAGGAUGGCAUCCUGGUAUGUAGAAGAAGAUGAAGAUGAUGAAAUAGAGGAGCUUUUGGGACAGAAGGAGGAGGAGGAAGAAGAAGAAGAUGUCUUUCCAGCACCACUUUCUACUUCUGCUGACAGUUUCUUUGGGAUAAGAGUGGAGGCAAUGGCAGAGAUUCAUGGGGAAACCUUAGCAGAAAGUUCCCUGUAUCAUUCUUUGUCUUCCAGCUCCAGGAGAAGACAGACAUCUGUAGCCCCUGUCCCCUCCAGAAGAGCUCGGUACAGUCUGAGGAAUGCCAAGCAGCACUUCAAAAACGGCUGUAUCAUAGAGAGCAGUGAUGAAAUCACCUUCAUAAGUAGUACAAGGACCACAGCUAAGGAGCUUCUGAAGGAGACCAGGAGGAGACAGAGGAGUCUUCACUUCUCCCCAAGUCCUGUUCGCAACAAACGGUUAAAGGUGGAGGGCAAGACAGGGUACAGAGUCUCCGCAAGACUACAAAGACAGCGAGAACAUCUCCCCAGCAGUCCCGAGGAGUCUCAAGACGUCCACCCUCCCGAGGAAGAUCUUCCAACAGCUUCUGAAGAACCCUCAGAAGACGCAGAUGGGCUGAAUGGUCAUUCCAACAUUGUCUUCUACGAUGAAGUCGUGCUGUGUCCUGAGGAAGAUGAAUUUCUGGAAGACGCAGCAAUAGGAGAGCUCCCACACUCGAGUUGGUCUCUCUCCCCACCAACCACAAAGCCUCAAAGUACUGGGUCUGAGUCUCCACCAAUCAGAGAAGAGCCCUGCAGCCCUUCACCAAUCACAGAGUGUCUCACAACCAAAUGGUCUCCUCCAAUCACAAGGCAUGAAAUUUCUGGGUCAGAGUCUCCACCAAUCAGGGAAGAGCCUUGCAACAAGGGAACUGAGUCUCCACCAAUAAGAGAAGAGCCCUGUAACACAUUAUCUGAUGCAUACCACAACAGUGCCACUGCAUCAGAGAUUCCACCAAUCACAGAAGAGAAGACCACCACUGAGUAUCAGCCAAUCACAGACCAGCAAAGCAACUUUGAAUCAGAGGCUCCACCUGUCACAAACCAAACCAGUCAAUCAAAACCAAGUCCAUCUCCUGAUACUAUUGAACAUUCAACAAUAGAAGUUCACAGUCUUAGUGCAGACAUGUCUGACACAACUGAUGAAGACGCUUCAAGAACAAACUCUCCCAUCUUAGAGGAGGAUGAAGAUGAUCCUCAUGAAGAUACAGAACCUGAUGAAUCCCUGAGAUGCGUAACUGUCUCCAGGCGUGGACACGAAGACACUCCCCUGCCAGGGAGACGCUUGUCAAGCCGUGUGGCACAGGCCUUGGUAGAGGAUGCCAUCAUAGCAGCAACACAGGUAGACAAGGUAAACCAAGCUGUCGAACAGAACCAAGAUGAGACGACCAAAGGAGGUAACAGAAAAUCCUCCAGAAAUUCUAAACGGAAGAAGAGGUCUCCAAGACAACAGGAGAGCUUAGAGCUGGUUACCGAAGAAACAGGCCCAGAAAAGGAAGAUGGCAACUCUGAGAAGACAGUGGUUCAAGACGUCUAUAGCUCAGACAGGACUGAGACCUUGGUAAAGGAAGUUCUUGCACCUGAUGUUGCCAUGGUAACAAAUGAUGCUGAUGUUGCUGAGGAAGCUAACAACAUAAUACAAGAGGAGCCAAUGGGUGAUAUCCCUGAAAUUGUCUUCAAAAAUUUUGCUGAAAAUGAGUUAGAAGAAGCAAGUGUGUCUCCAAGGAAGGCAAACUUCUCCGACACAACUCAUGGUGACGAAGACGUUGUUGUUAUAAAGGAGGUGCAGGAGUCGGAAGAUGAGGCUGAAACGAGGCGGCCUCGACGUUUCCGAAGACCCGCCGCGAAACCUACACCGCAGGCAAGCUCGGCCGUCAAGCUGAGAAAAGGAAGGGGACGGAAACAGGAAGAAGACAUCGAGGUUAUCUAUAGAAAUAAGAACUACAAACCACCAGAACAGAAGACCAUCGAGACCAUCUACGAAGAUCCAAUCAUAAGGAAGAAAACCGGAGAAGAGCAACUGGUUGGACGACCAAUGAAAAGAAGGGUGUCAUUCCGCAACUUCUACUACCCGAAAAAGAUGAAUAAGAAAAAGGCGAGCAAAAAUGUGAAACGGUUCCGGAGGAAGAGCUUGGAGGGAGUGACGGUAGAUGAGAAGCUUAUCAAUCUUGAUCGACAGAUGAUUGGGAUCAGUCCAGCAAAGUUCUGUCUCCCGGGAGACCAGAUGUUGUUCAAGUUCGCGUCGGAAGAGGCCUCGAGCGAUCUGGUCACCGUUAAAGAGGAACCACUAGAUUUCAUCGAUGAGGAGAGUCAUCAGGUGCUGGACUUGUCGGGUGUGGGGCCUUUGGAUGAAGAGGACAUCAAACAAGAGUUGGUCGAGAAUCAAGACAAAGAUGUCAACAGUCAGGGUGGCUUGCUAGAAGAAGGAACAGAACCACCAGCAGAGCCUGAUUCCACUACUGUGACUGGAAGAUCUGGAAGGAAAAGAAGAAGAAGCUCUGUGAAAGUGAAAACUGAAGUUUUAGAUGAAGAAAGUGAAAGUCAGUUAAACAGUGAAUCGGAUGACCACAUUCCAAGGAACUCCAAGCCCAAGAAGCCUAGAAGAAGGUCAACGAUAGCAAAGCAGGACAGUAUUGCAUCUUUAUACACAGAAAUGUCCAGUUCUGCUUCGGAGACAAAGGAAGAAGGAGAAGCAUCACAAUUGUCAGAGAACAUGUCUUUGUCAUCAUCGGAAAGUACAACCACUUGUGAGCAAGACAGCAAAGUAGCACAAUGCCGUAAAAAGAAAGCCAGAAGAAAGUCAAUAAGGAUGAACAAACCUGGUGACCUCACACGCGCAAGUGAUGCACAGUCGUCUGACUUGGACAGCAUUGAUUUGGUGAUCGAUGCUGUAAUAGGUGAAAAGUACUUACCAGAACAGUCAGACCAAACAAUGCAAUGUGGACCACAGGAAGACUUACAUAGUGUUGAUGGAAAGGGCAGGGGUCAGAAGGCAAAGACCAAAGGUCAGACUGAAGGCAUAGGAUCAAAAGGAGAGGAUGAAGAUCAAAAUGUGGACACAACAGAAAAUACAGAAGUUGUUGGCCUUACAGAAAAGGAAAGUAAAACAGCAAAACUAAGAUCUCGUAGGAGGUCCUUACUUCUAACCCAACAAAGCUCUUCAGCAGAGGACGAUAAUACUGAAGUCUCCAACAGUGACAAAGCAAAAAGCACUUCUCAAGAAACUGUAAAGGCCAAGAAAACUCCAAGAAGAAAGUCAGUUGUACCACCAACGCUUGAAGAUGCUUCUUCAGCAACAGAAGACCAGCAUUCCACAGAAGAGGAGUGUUCCUCUAGUUCUGUGUCAGAGAGACUUAAGAAAAAAGGAAGGAGGAGGUCAACAGUGUUGACAACAAAGCAAGAUACAGGAGAAGACGUUUGUCAACAAAACUUCAUGACUGAGGAACAGGAAGAUGGUUACUCUACGGAAUCGUCUGUUACAAAUGUUGCGGUGAGAAGGAGAUCUAGAAGAAAGUCAGUCUGUUCCCAGCCAAUGAAAGAACAGGGUGUUGAUACUGACCAAUCGGAAGAAGCGUCUGCAACGGAAUCAGUGGCAAAGAGACGGUCAAGACGAAAGUCGGUGUUAGUUCAGCAAAGUAGUUCUGAGGACUGCUCUCAACCAAUGAAAGAACAGGGUUUGGAGAUUACUGAACUAGGGGAAGCGUCUGCUACAGCAUCGGUGACAAAGAGACGGCCAAGAAGGCGUUCGUUGGCGAUACAACGAGAGGGAAGCUCCUCAGAAGAAAGUAUAGAGCCAGCUCAUUGGUCUGGGUCGGAGUUUUCGUGUGACGUACCGCUGCCAGAAAACACAUCGGUGAAGAAGACAAGAAAUAGGAGACAGUCUAUCGUUCCUGACAGUACCACUUGGGAGAAUGCUGACCCUGCCCCAAGUGAGUCCGGAGAAAGUCAGGCCAGCACUGUUUCUAGCACGGCCACAACUAGGAGGUCAAGACGACGGUCUGUCUUACUAAAGAUGUCUUCAGAAAUUGAAGAGGUACAACUAUCAGAGAAAGUCCCUGCUGUAGAAAAGGAGGUAGAAAGUUAUGGAGAUGUCAGAGAAACGUCUUCCGUACUGAAAGAAGUGCCUACUGGCAUCUCGGCUGAGAAUGAUACUGAGAACAAGACUAGUGAACAUCAGUCAAACAAUGAGUUAAAUCCCUCAUGCAUUUCUUCACAAGAGUCAGGGUCCUCUCAGUCUGUGGAUGGUUUCGGAGGCCUUGAAGAUGGCGACCUUCCUUGCGCAAGUCGACGGAAGAGAAAGCGGAGAAAGUCUGUUCUUCUGAAGCAGUUCAAGUGGGCUGGAGAGUCUCCACCGGAAAAAGCACUGCUCUCAGAAAAGUUUCCAACGAAAGAUGAAGACAAGAAACAAAUAGAAGAAACACAAUCUCUGUCUCAGCAAACCAGUGAAGAAGGUUUAGAAAAUGUUCAGGACAGUCAAGAGGAUGAUGAUGUUGUUGUUUUCAACUUUAAUGUCAGCCAGAAAGAAAGGGAGCUUGAAGGAGUGCAGUCUGACUCUGAGGCAGCUAGUCUGUCAGCUAAGAAAGCCAAAACGUCUGCGUGUUCCAAUAAUGAAGUGAAAAGUCUGACCAGCGUUGAGAUGUCCGAUGAAUCGUCAACUGACUCUCAACCGCAAGUUUCUACCAAAAGAGCACGCAGAAAAUCUGAAAAGAAAGCUGAAGACAAAAUUGUGACAGCAUCAAGUUCCAAAGACAUUCCACAAGGCUUGAGAAAAGAUGAUGAAGUUGACGGAUCACAUUUGCAAGAGGUUCACAGUGAUUUGCAAACAGGGACACAGUCAGUAAGACGACAGAAACGCAAGAGAACAACGCUCAUUCCUUCAAGUCAAAAUGCUGAAGAGGUACCUGAAUGUGAUUUACUAUUAGAAGACAAAACUGAAACAUCUCCCAUGCCUGUUUCCACAAAGGGCAGUGCAGUAAUACCUGUACCUACAGACGUUGUUGACGACAUAUUGUUGGACGACAAAGCCUCUAGGAAGCAACCUAAAAGGAAAAGUAGACAGUUGUCGGCAUACUUCAACCAAAGAACAUCACAAAAGACGACAUCUUCAGAAGACCAGGCUCAAGAAUUUGAAACACCCAACAAAGUAGAAGCAUCUAAGACAACAGGGGCUGUUGUUGCACCAAACGAACCUCCAUCUCCUGAAGACUUUGUCACCAAAAAAGAAACGUUCAUGGAUGACAGAGAUACAGAGGCUGUAAUUGAUGAACCAAAGAGAAAAGUUCGCCGCCAGUCCUCUCGUUUCAGGCGAGUUACACCAAAGAAGACAGCGUCGCCCGAAACAAAACCCGCUCCAGACAAGGAAAUGAUGUUUGAAGAGGAUUUCGUCACCAAUGAAGACACGUUCAUCGACAAUGAACAAAUGGAAAGUCUCAUAAACUCCAUUGCUGAAGGGAGCACUCCUAUAGGAAGCCCUUGCAAGACUGUUUCUCCCAAAGUGGCUGAUGUUAAUGUUGAGAAUUACAUCAAGAAGAAGCCUGUGCAAAAGAAGGGGAAAACAGCAAAGAAGAAUGUGGGGAAGAGGGGGGCUACCAGGCGGAAGAAGAACGCAGAGCUUUCUAAAACUCCCAAAGGCUCCUCACCACCAAACAGCCAACCAGAAAGUAAAAUCUCACCUAAAUUGCAUACCGCAGAAAGUAACAAGACAGUCGAGACAUUGAAUGGAGUCUGUACUGCCAGGAAAGAAAAGAAGGUGAAGAAUGGUGGUAAGAGUUUGUCUCCAACAGCCAAUGUGCCAAGGAUACCGCACAAAAAUGGGAAGGAAACAACAGCUAUGUUAUCACCGAAAUCACAAAAUAGUCUAAAAAAGACACCGUCUUCAGCACUGCAAAAUCCCUCUUCUAAAGGAAGGUCUUCGAAGAAAAACUCGCCUGUAGAUACGCAUACAAGUCUUAGCCAACCUCAGAAACAAAAAGCUGUGGUGAAACAACCACCUCAAAGCCCUGAAUCAGUUCUCUCUCCUACAAGCCGACACCAGGGUCGCCAGGUCACCAGCCUAUUCUCAGUUCUCUCUGCGUCUGCGUCCUCUCCUGAUGCAAAUCAGACCAUCCUAGGAGCUAUGCCUUCCUUCAAGUCGCUUGUGAAACACGUCGUAAGCCCCGACACCUCGACAAACUCCAGACAGCCUACCCUAGAUGAAAGUUGUGAGGCCAGGAAAGCAUCCACACAACCGUCGGCAUCUUAUGCAAAUAAGACAAACUCCUUAAAACAACCAACCGGAAGCAAAAGCGUCGACAGUACACCUUUCAGUGUUUGCGGUAAAUCUGGACACUCUGAGAACCAAACGCCGCAAACCGCAGCGUGUGACUCUGACGUGGCAAACACUUUCAGUUGCCCUGGCAACACGACUUGGAACGAUAGCGCGUCCAGUAGUGCGAAGAGCAAGUCAUUCGCAUUCGCAAAGACGUACUCUGUUAAGCAGCACUGGGCCAAACGGUUCGUCAAUACCAAAGACACGUACCUGAACAAGUUCAAGAUGUUUGCAUUUGGGUCACCGUCAUCACAGUCGAGCACAGAGGAAAAUGAGUAAAUGUCAGUAUUUUAUGUAAAGAAGUGUACACAUAUUGAACAAAAACAAUUAUAUAGUUGUAAUACUUAAGUAUUUUCAUGAAUAUUCUCAUUAAUACUUUUGCAAAAUAAUGUUUCUCUAAAAAUGUCUUUUACAUGGAAUACAAAUUUACUAAAUCUUGUCACUAUGAUAGAGCAUUAUGCUUAUUUUUAUGAUUCUGCAUUUUGUCGCAUGCCAGCAUCUUACGCAAGUAUUGUGAUCAUAGAAUGUACAGUGAUAAGUUUUCUUUCCAGUUGUUCAGAAGUUCUAGGUGUAGCUUGAAUAAUUAUUCAUAUCUUCUAUAUUAAUAGUUGUGGGCUACUACAUGUUAUUGUAUCAAUUAAAAGCUUAUGAGAAACAUUCUAUUAGUAUGGUGUAAUGUAAUAAUGUAAUGGCAAUAACUGAAGCUUUGUUUCCAUUGAAGUCUCCUAAAAUAUGCAUGAUGAGACAAAUUCUAUUGUCAUGAUAUGUAUGUGUGCUAUGUUGAACUCUCGUGUGUUUGUUUGACAAGAAAGCUGAUGGGGGAUGCAAAAAAAUGAGUCCACAAGCUUUGUGCAAACAUUCAGAACCUUAUUCUUGACACAAACAUAUUGUUUGGACAAAGAACAACAUGUUUAAUACUGAGGUUUGGUUUUUCAUGAAACAUCAAACCCUACUUAUGUUAUUUUGCUUAUCUAAGUUGAGAGGGAUCUGGGCUAUUUAUUUCUUGUUCUCGUUUUUGUGUACUGUCAAAGUUCUACUAACUCUUCUUGCUUUGUUUGUUUCAACAUUUUUGUUUACUUUAUAUGAAGUUUGUUAACCAAGAAGUUAUGUUCAAAAUUACAUUUUAUGACCUUAUCGCUGUACAUUGUAUAUUUGUACUGAAAUAAAAUUGAUGUAUUGUGUUUUAA